AUGCGACGAUUGAAUGCUCGCAAUCGCGCCGGCUCAAAUCCAAACCCAAUGGAUCCAACCGUGAAACGGAUCCAAAUCCGCUCCACAAACCUCUUCGCUCGCAACAACAACAGCAACAGCAAUUCAAAGUGCCUCUGUUUCAAAACCUCGUUCAUCGCUCCUCUCUUCUUCUCGUUCCUCCUCAUCCUUUCAUACUACACCUUCUUCUCAUCAUCGGGAGCCAGAAUCAGCACCCGAAACAGUUUCCGCUACAGUAUAAUCAUCGACGGUGGAAGCACGGGAACUAGGGUUCAUGUGUUUAAGUAUAGGGUUAAAAACGCGUUGGAUUUUGGGAAAAAGGGGGUGGUUACGAUGAGAGUGAAUCCGGGUUUAUCCUCGUUUGCGGAGGAUACGGAUGGAGCGGGGAGUUCGAUGGCGGAGCUGGUGGAGUUUGCGAAAAGCCGGAUUCCGAAAGAGAGGUGGAGGGAGACGGAGAUUCGGCUUAUGGCUACGGCGGGAAUGAGGAUGCUGGAGGUUGAAGCGCAGGAGAAUAUUCUAGAGUCUUGUAGGAGGGUUUUGCGUUCUUCUGGGUUCAAGUUUAGUGAUGAUUGGGCUUCUGUUAUAACAGGUUCUGAUGAAGGCGUGUAUGCUUGGGUUGUUGCUAAUUAUGCACUGGGAACUCUUGGAGGUGAUCCGUCUGAGACAACUGGGAUUAUUGAACUCGGUGGUGCUUCUGCUCAGGUAACCUUUGUAUCAAGAGAAGCAAUGCUGCCCUUGUUCUCGCGCACUGUUAAAUUUGGGAAUAUCACUUACAACCUUUACAGCCACAGCUUGCUUCAUUUUGGGCUGAAUGUUGCUCAUGACUCAUGGAGAGAAGCACUUUUAUCAGGAGAUUUAAACCUGGCUUCUCAAUAUAUUAAGGAUGGGCUGUACAUAGAUCCUUGUACUCCGGCAGGGUACUCUUAUAAUGUGGAUUUGUGGAAGUCCUCGCCUAGCUCACAUAGCGAAGAAAGCCAAUAUCAGCACACUGUCCAAACAAGGGGAAACUUUUCGGCGUGUAGAUCUGCAGCAUUGACCCUAUUACAAAAGGGGAAAGAAUCGUGUUCUUAUCAGCAUUGCGACAUAGGAUCAACUUUUAUACCUAAGCUUCAGGGGAAAUUUUUGGCUACAGAAAAUUUCUUUCACACAUCAAAGUUUUUUGGAUUGGGGUCACGGGCUUAUCUCUCCAAUUUGAUGACUGCUGGGCAAAAAUAUUGUGGAGAGGAUUGGUCAAGGCUAAAAAAAAAGUAUGUCUCCCACGAUGAGGAAGAUUUACUUCGACAUUGCUUCUCUUCUGCGUACAUUGUUGCUCUGCUUCAUGACAGUCUUGGGAUUGUAAAACUAGAUUUGGAUCUCUUAAGCAAGGUCUCGGGUUCAAAUUUUAUGGAUGAAAAUAACAUGAUUGGGAGGGGAGACCCCCCUACUAAAGGUGGCCAGUCAGUGUCUGGCUUGAGGGAGAGUAAUAGACGCUUCCGACUUGCUUGUGACACUGUAGGUAAAGAUUUGUUGGUUGCUGUUGAUGAAUUGCAACUGGGUCAGGUGGUGGAAGGGGAUGUUCACCAAACAGGAGCUCUAUUGGGAAGAGUAAGGCUAUUCAAUUCAAACGCUUUUCAAGUUCUUCAUGUCAGUAUUGGUAUUUGGAACCCACUUCUGCAAGCCUCAGUGGGGAGCUCCCAUAUCUCCAUCGUCCUAAAUGAAGAACUUGAAAAGAGCCUGUUGUCUUGA